CAAAAGACUAGAAGAGAGUGUUGAGAGAGAGAGAGAGAGAGUUGCUCAAGUGAUGACUCGUACGGACAAGCUUAGAAUCGGAGUUGGAGCUCAAGGAUCUUCUCCUUCUCCUUGUUCUUCUUCAAUCUUCAAUCUCUAAUCAUUAUAACAUACACCACUCGAUUCUGAUUCUUCAAAAGGCUUCAUUAUCAAAGUUCAGAGCUUUGCCAAUUUUUUGCAAAAUCUAGGGUUUUUGUUUGCUCGUUUCAAUUUCCAUCUGGGUUGCUCAACAAUCCUUUAAUUAUAAAUAAUAAUAAAUAAAUAAAAAAUGGGUGCUUUGUGCUGUUGUCCAUGUGGUGAUGAAUUUGAGGAAUAUUCUCUUCCUAGCAAUCCAUUAUACAGGCACUGCUUAUGCCUCAGAUUCUUUCUCCACCAGCUUUUCACUGGGUAUAGUGCAGGAUUUCAAAGACUUGACGAGCGCUCCGCUUCAUCACCUAUGCAAGGAGCUACUGCUUUGACGGCAUCAUCAGGAAUGACCCCAACUCUAACAGAAAAUUCCUUAAAUGAUCAUCAACUAUCGAUCUCCAGGCCAUUGCCCUAUGAUGCUGAGCAGAGAUACUCGAGGCCACAGCGCGAUGGCUUGGUUUCUAGGCGUGAGAAAUCUAUGUCUCAUCUGCAAGAAGAUUCACAAAUGAGAAGAAAUAUAAGCAGUUCUGGCACCGAUUCUUUGGGUUUUGGAAAGAAAGAAGAUUGCAAAUCGUCGGAAAAGCCUUUGGCAACAAAGGUUGCUUAUGGACUUACUCAUAUGAAACCAUCAUCCGAAGAUGAAGACGUCUGCCCUACAUGUCUUGAUGAAUAUACUCCAGAGAAUCCAAAAAUCACAACAAGAUGCUCUCACCAUUUCCACCUUGGUUGUAUUUAUGAAUGGCUGGAAAGGAGUGAAAGUUGUCCAAUUUGUGGCAAGGAGAUGGAGUUCUGUGAAAGUCCCUAAUGCUCGUGCUUAUGACUUAAAAGCAAAAAGAGUAUACAUAUGAAGCGGCUGUCAUCGUCUGUAGAAGAAAAAAUAUAUAUAUAUAUAUAUAUGUAUAUAUAUAUCUUGUUUAUACUUGUACAUGCUUGCAUAGAGGGAAUGAAUUGUUCAUUUUGUGCCGGUAUUUGCCCUCCAUGUUGAUGUUUGAUACUUGAUACUUGAUGUUGGAAUGUCUUGUGCUUUCUGUAUAGAAAUCCACAAAUCAGUGGCAAGUCAUGAACUCAUUGUAAACAUGAUCAUGACCUCAUUUCAAUGCCUCAAAACAUUCAGCUGUUUCUUACCUUUGCGAUUCUAGAAACAAUGGAAAUAUCUCAGAAUUGUAGUGCAAGUUGAUGAAUGUUUCGGCCAUGGAUAUGAAGCAUGGCAAAUUGUAGUGUUCUGCGAGGAUGCAAAUUCAAACAUGGUUUUGCUAGUUUUGCAAUGGAAUGUAUGCUUGUCCGCUUUUAUAUAUGUUACACAUCUUUUUAUCUUGAA